GUUAAUAUUGUUUCAUGUGUUAUGUGCAAUGACAAUUGAUUCUUCUCAAUAGAUUGAUGAUGUAGGUAAAUUACAAGCAUGAGUCGAUUAUAUGACACCAUUGAACCUGCUGUGAUUGAUGAGAAUAUUCUGAAACAAUGUGUUGAAGAACAAGGUCCCAGUGGAGAAGCUGGAAAGAUCUCAAAAGCAGAAGGAAUUGAUUUUAAAGAUGUGACUAAACUAUGCCUGGAUUUCAAAAACAUUCUCAAAAUAGACAAUCUUUGGCAAUUUACAAACCUUGUCAAAUUACAACUUGAUAAUAACAUCAUUGAAAAAAUGACUGGAUUAUCUUCCUUGGUGAACUUAGAAUGGCUUGACUUAUCAUUUAAUAAUAUCGAGGUGAUUGAAGGUUUAGAGUGUUUAACGAAACUACAAGAUUUAACGUUAUUCAAUAAUCGCAUAAGUGAGAUUAACAAUAUGGACAAACUUUCAAAUCUUCAUAUUUUAUCAUUGGGUAACAAUAAACUGCAAAACUUGGAUAACUUGCUGUAUCUGCGGAAGUUCGCUCACUUGAAUACACUGAACUUAAAUGGAAAUCCUUUUUGUAAACAAGAGGAAUACCAUUCGUACACCAUAGCUUAUCUACCAUCUUUAGUCUAUUUGGAUUACCGUCUAAUUGAUGGUGUUAAGCGUGAAGAAGCUGUUAAAAAAUACAGAGAUUCCAUUGAUGAACUUGUUCAUGACGAAGCCAUUGCAAAGCGAAAGUUGGUUGAAGAGGAGGAAAAGGAAGCACUUCAAAUUAUUGAGAAGGAAGCGUAUGUGGAAGACCUUAAUGGUAAAAUGCUAUUUGAAAGCAUGUUUUUAGAAGACUCAGAAGCCUCAAAGUUGGCACAGUUACCAGGAAUGGCUGAUCUAUUGGCAGUGUAUGAAGAAAAAUUUACUAGUAUAUCAGUCCAACUUUACGAGUUUGGUUUGGGUGAACGAAUAAAAAGGAGGAAUGAGACUGAUUCUUUUCUCGCAAGCAUGAAAGAUGCUUUUGACAAUAACAAACAAGACUGCGUGAAGCAUAUAGAAACAUUCGAAAAACUGAAAACUAAGGUGUUGGCUGAUCUCUUGACUGUGAGUGAUCCAGAUAUUUUGGAGAAAAAGCUAGGGGAAUUAUCAGAUGAAAUAACAAGUCUUUGGGAUGUUUUAAUGGGGCUGGAAAUGCAACUUGUGGAUCAGUUAGAAGAAAGUACUAAAGACUUCGAAAGAAACAUGGCGGAUAUGGUUGGAACCUUUGUAGAGAAUGUUCAAGAAUUUGUUUCACAGUUACGAGACUUAGAGACCCACCAUCAUGAAAAACUGUCUGAUAUAGCUGUUGUGACGCUUGAGAAAUUGAUGAAGAAUGAACUUGAAGAAGAACUCCCUGAUGACGUCAGAAUGCUGUUCGUGGAUAAGGACACCAUUAUGAAUGCUGUGUCGGCAUCUCACGACGCUCACACGUUUAAAAUCGACAACAAGGAAGACGAUAUCGUAACCCAAGCGAACACGAAUGUUCAAACGUUAAUCGAAAACAUACACGCGGAGGAGAUUCAACGAAAUCGAUGCCGUGUUGCAGAAAUAAACAAUCUGUUAGAUCACUGCAGAGAUGAGUUGGAGAAUUUUGAAGCGAAUUUUGGAAUUUAGAAACACACACGCAGUAUGUAGUUGCUCAACAGCUUGGUUUGUUUACGUUGUUCAAUGAGAAGGACACCAACUUUAUUUUGGGUAAUAAUAAUUCAAAAAAACGUAGUAGGUGAUAAAGAGGAGUUGUGAAUAAGUGUUUACAAAUAGGAUUUUUUUAUAAUUUGCGCAAACAAAUGCACCACAAAAAAAUUGAUAGGUGACCAUCGAGCUGUUGUGCAGCUACAGUUAACAUUGGAUGUGAGUUAACUUCGAUAUGUCUAAACUACCUUAAGGGUACAAAUUAUUUUUGGAUAUAUUUUUGCGGAUGACUACAUUUGCCCCAAAUUUGCGGAAUUAAAUUUGCCGAAGAUUCAGAAGGACGUAUUUUGUCUAUUAUAGCUGUCAGAAAAAAAGGUGUUAUUAAAUAGCAUCGAAGAAUUCGUGGCUUAGGUGCUACUGGAAUUCGAAGUACAAACAGAUAAAAGCAAUUGCGGUAGAAAUUGUUAUAUACGUAUAAGAAAAGGGAAAUUGUGUGUGAUUAAAUUUUGCAGAUGACCGAACGAAACUUGUUUUUUCUAAUUUAGGCUAAAUCCGCUAAAAUAAAAUCCGCAAAAAAUUUCUUGCACAAAUAAUUUGUACUCAAAAAUACUGUGUAAAAAUGUUGUAUAUUUUGAUUGAGUUAUUUAUUUUGAUGAUAAGUUAUUUUUAGAUCGUUUUACAUAAAUGUUAAUAUAUUCAUCUGAUUUUAA